ACUUAACGAGCCACUUAUUUCACCCACGGAAAAACACGCCUUGGAAUUUUGGGAUCAUCUUGACCCUGUGUAGAUUCUAACGUAUUUAUGGGUUUUAGACUUCAUCGAGCGUCCUAUUUCUUCUCGCUUUGAUUCCUCAAGAGCAGAAACUUCGUUUGUGUCCGAAAUCAAUUUUCCCUUGUUCCUGCUCUGUUUUCGACUAGUUGUCUCUGAAAACAGUGUCCCCUGUUCUUGCUCUGUUUCUGUGGUCUCAGAACUCCGAAAAUGACCUUCAAUCACAGAAAGAUGCUCAUUCCAUGUCUACCAGGAAAAGAUUUCAACUUGACGAUCAUCAUCCCUUGCUUCCAGACCUAUCCUCCGCCGCCACCUCCGCAGAGAGAACUCUCUUUCCUAGUCUCCACCUCCAUCUACAUAAGCGGCUCCGUCUUACUCCUCCUAUCUCUCGUGAUCUUCCUCUACUUCUACAUCACGCAGUCACGGCGGAGCUCAGCCGCUGCAGUGGCUGCUGCUGACACCAACCGAAGAGACGACGAGAACCAAGCAGGGGAAAGAGAUUUAUCCGGCUACCAUCACGCCUGGCGAAUCACAACCGUCGGUCUCCACCGUUCUGCGAUCGACUCCAUCACAGUCGUUGGAUUCAAAAAGGGACAAGGGAUAAUCGACGGGACAGAAUGCUCCGUCUGCUUAAACGAAUUCGUAGAAGACGAGUCGCUUAGAUUGUUGCCCAAGUGUAGUCAUGCCUUUCACAUAAACUGCAUCGACACUUGGUUGCUCUCCCACAAGAACUGUCCUUUAUGUCGUGCCCCUAUUCUUCUCACUGAGCCUCGUCAUCUAGAAACAGAGACGAAUCAUCAUCAUCAAUCAGAGUCUGGAUCGAGCAACGACCUUAAUGGAGAACAGGAGAGCUCGGGUUCUAGAAACGGUAACGUUCUUCCGAGGGCACAAAGCGAUUUGGCAGGCCAUUGUGGCUCGGGAAGCUUGGAAACUGUGAGAAGGUCGUUUUCAAUUGGAGGAAGCUCGUCACUCAAAGAUGGGGAUAGUGAUGAUAUUGCAACUAGAAGUAGAAGACAAUUAUACAGCAGUUUCAGUGCAAACUUCUUCUCAACGUCAAUAAGAUCAAGGAACCAAGACCCGGUUCUCCCAGACCGAAUGCACUCUGUAUCUAGGUAGGCCGGUUCAAUGGUGACUACAACUAAGUUUAUGUAAUCUUAUGUCUAAUUUAGUGUGUUAUGUUAUAUUAACGUAUCUGAAAUAAACUGAAUGUUUCAGUGGUU